AUGAUAGCGAUGAUGAUGACUGGCCGUGUGCUGCUGGUGUGUGCCCUCUGCGUGCUGUGGUGCGAUGUUGCUGCUGCUUCUGCUGCUGAUGGCAAGGGGGAUACCAUCACGAAGGAAGAUGAAAAGACAAGGACUACCGAGGUUUCGCCGCCCGGAAGAAAAAAAGAAUCACCGGUGACUUCAGGACAAGAAUCAGCAGGAAAUGUAAGAACGCCACAGAGUUAUGGAGUUGAUAUUCCGCUGCCUAAUAACCUAAAUUUAGAUCAAAAACAAGAAGGUGAGAUAAUGACCGAGAAUGAAGACGACGACGAGGAUGAGGAGGAAAAUGAAGAAGAUGCGGAAAUGAGCGAAAAUGAAGAAGAAGGAGACGAAGACACAGAGACACGCGAAAAACAACCACCACCAGGACCACCACCACCUCCACCUUCGGGACAAACAUCAACACCGACAAUAAAUGGAAACUCAGCAGGAACUUCAAAUGAAGCAAGAGCGAAAGAACUGCCCAGCUCGGAUAAGGACUCCACCCAGGGACAAGGACUCAAAUCGCCGGCAGCAGAAUCAGCACCAGCAGCAACGCCACAAGUAAAAAAUGAAGACCCCGGCUCUGCAGAUGUCGUUUCAGUGCAACAGGUACAGAAAGCUCAAAGCGGCCUGGAGUCAGGGAGUGAGUCAAGAAAAGAAGACGGCGUUCUCACCACGAACAAACAACAGGAUGGAACAUCUGACAGCCAUGCCGAAUCAACUCCAACAUCACGCUCAUCAGCAAAAAGUGUUGCCGCCAGUAAUGGCCCUGACAAGGCUACUGAAGAGGAGAUUUCCAAUAAAAAUACAGCACGUGUUGAUGAAGUACCGGAAGCAGCACAAGAAGAUGGAAAUAAAGAUGACAAUAAAAAAGAAACUCCAAUAAAAACCACAGCUAUUGCAAAUGGUACGGCUCCAACUGGCGACAGUGACGGCAGCACCGCGGUCUCCCACACCACCUCCCCUCUUUUGCUUCUUCUUCUUGUUGUUGCGUGUGCUGCUGCUGCGGUGGUGGCCGCGUGA